CGCCCCCGUGGGCGGGGCCUGGGGAAGCCGCGGGCGGCCGGCGGCGGCCCGGGAGCUGCUGCUGCUGCGGCGGCUGCACCCGCGGCGCCAAGGCCGAGGCGGAGGCCGGGGUGCGAGCUCGGCUGACGUGCCGGAUCCGCGCGGCUCGGCUGCAUCGGCUCCUGCGGCUGCCUGAGCGUCUCGGCUGGUCUGUGCACGGCCUCGGCGAGGAUGCGGCUUUUCCGGUGGCUGCUGAAGCAGCCGGUGCCUAAGCAGAUCGAACGCUACUCGCGUUUCUCGCCAUCGCCACUCUCCAUCAAGCAGUUCCUAGACUUCGGGAGAGAUAAUGCAUGUGAGAAAACUUCAUAUAUGUUUCUACGAAAGGAGCUUCCUGUAAGACUGGCCAACACAAUGAGAGAAGUUAAUCUUCUGCCGGAUAACUUGCUUAACCGCCCUUCGGUGGGGUUGGUUCAGAGUUGGUAUAUGCAGAGCUUUCUUGAACUUUUAGAAUACGAGAAUAAGAGCCCUGAAGAUCCACAGGUCUUGGAUAACUUUCUGCAAGUUCUCAUUAAAGUCAGAAAUAGACACAACGAUGUGGUUCCUACAAUGGCACAAGGAGUGAUUGAAUACAAGGAGAAAUUUGGGUUUGAUCCAUUCAUUAGCAGUAACAUCCAGUAUUUUCUAGAUCGGUUCUAUACCAACCGCAUCUCUUUCCGCAUGCUUAUUAACCAGCACACACUUCUGUUUGGUGGUGACACUAACCCUGCUCAUCCUAAACACAUUGGAAGUAUUGAUCCCACCUGCAAUGUGGCUGAUGUUGUGAAAGAUGCCUAUGAAACCGCCAAGAUGCUGUGUGAACAGUAUUACCUGGUAGCUCCAGAGCUGGAAGUCGAAGAAUUCAAUGCCAAAGCUCCAGACAAACCUAUUCAGGUAGUUUAUGUGCCCUCACACCUGUUUCACAUGCUAUUUGAGUUGUUCAAGAACUCAAUGAGAGCGACAGUUGAACUAUAUGAAGACAGAAAAGAAGCCUACCCGUCUGUUAAAACCCUUGUUACUCUGGGUAAAGAAGACUUGUCCAUUAAGAUAAGUGACCUAGGUGGUGGUGUCCCACUUCGAAAAAUAGACCGUCUUUUUAACUACAUGUAUUCAACUGCUCCUAGACCUAGCCUGGAGCCUACAAGAGCCGCCCCUCUGGCUGGAUUUGGUUAUGGCUUGCCAAUUUCUCGUCUGUAUGCUAGAUAUUUCCAAGGAGAUCUAAAACUCUAUUCCAUGGAAGGAGUUGGUACAGAUGCUGUCAUUUAUUUAAAGGCACUUUCAAGUGAAUCAUUUGAGAGACUUCCGGUUUUUAAUAAGUCUGCGUGGCGUCAUUACAAGACCACACCCGAAGCUGAUGACUGGAGCAAUCCCAGCAGAGAACCUAGGGAUGCCUCAAAAUACAAGGCGAAACAGGACAAGGUCAAGACUAAUAGAACUUUCUAGAGAACUGAAUGCUCAUGUCCUCUCUGAGAAGAAAGAUUGUCUUCCACAAGUCAACCGGAGAGAAUUCCUUUCCUCCACCAACUCUGAGCAAGGCACCAUACUACUCCAGUGCUUGAAUGUGUAAUUUCUCUAUAUGAGCUGGACCUUCUCCACAAAAACCUUCCUAUAGCUGCUCCAGAUCUUCACUAAAGUAGUAACCCGAGCAGUUUUUCCUAGUAUGUUGCUGUGGUUUGGUUGGCGCCUGUCGUAAAACGGCACAGAGCCUCGUUAGCGCUCUGGUGCCCUCAUACCUCCCUCCUCCUCGUCAUAGAGUCGAGUGUCUACGUUCUCCCCAGGAGUCUAAGCUCCUUCCUCAUUCCAGAUACAGCCAGUUUCUGCGGUUGCUCUUUGUGACCAAACACCAUGGUUUUCCAAACCACUGACUAAGGCCUGGGUGAUCUGGAAGUUGAAGACACCAGCAGAGUGUGUCUUGAAUAAUUCAGUCCCGGGGCCCUUCCUCUCUCAUAUGCGUCCUUCCUCACUCUGUGAUUUCAACUUUUGCCUUCUUCCAUCUGAUCGGAGUGAGGUGUGGCAAGUUUCACAUUAGCUCUUACUCUCUGAUGCAUUGAUUUUAUUUUAAAAUUCAUUUGUGUACUUCCAUUCUGUCAAUUAAAGCAUUCCAAAAGUUGUCUUGGGAUUUUUCACUUAACCCCUUGGUUUCAAAGAUCUUAAGUGAAAAACUAUCUUUCGGUCAUUGUCGAGUUUGUGAAAAGUGGGAAGAGGCGUUUUAUGCUGUGUAGAAAUUUUGCCAGUCUACUUAUCAUAUUCUGUUCCUUUGUAGUUUCCUGAGGAUUGGAAGUCCCUGUGUGAUGCACUUUACUAGUUGUAAAAUCGGCUAUUGAAGGGAAAAGGUCUUUCUAGUUUAUUUUGAAAAAUUCCCUUGGUUUUCAUAAUUUUCAUUUUCGUGACUUUUUGGCCAGUUUUAGAAUCGUUGAUCUGAUUUUCAUACUCCUUUACUUUUUUGCUGAAAGCCAGACUGGGCAGAGGCCUUGGGGUGAGGAAAGAGAAGCGGGGUUGUGUUGACCCCUCAACAACGGAAGGCUUCCAAGAGCCUGAAUUAAAGGCCCAAUUUAUACUGCUCCACAGGAUGUGGUUCUCUUCACUGUAAUUUUUCAUAUCAUCUACUCUGCCUUCUCUUGACGCCCAUAUAAAUGCUUCCAUCCAAUAGUUAAGUAUUGAGUGCACUGGUGGAAAAGUCCUUUGUAAAGUAUUCCCCUCCUUGAGUGCCAUGGUGGUGGCGGCGGGCUUCCCCGCUGGGGCCCCUGGGCGGGGGGGUGGGGGCCUCCCUGGGAUAAGCUGUGCUCUGACCAGCUGCACGUGGGUCAGUGGCAGCCCUCUCUCUUCGUUCCUCUGAGUCUGAUUUUGUUUCAUUUCAUUAUGUUACCUGAGCUCGUGGUCAUUCCCUUCAUCUUUAGAAAGGUCUCAUCUCUUCUUCCAUCCUUAGAAGGAUUCCAUCAGAGAAGAGAAAGACAGAUGGACUUCUGAGAGAGGGGGGAUGGGGUGGUCCAUAUGGAAGCCUGCAGGCUUGAGGACGGAGUCUGUGUCUUGGGGAUGGGGCUGUGCCAUAGGAUCCUUGUGUAAGAGAUGUGAAAAUAAUGACCCUUUCCAUUUGAAGUCCCUGGCUUUCUUACCAACAUUAGAUAGUAUAUCAUUAUCUGCCUAGGCCUCCAUUUCUAAACAUACACCUUUAUACUUUCAAGUAUGAAAUACCGUAGUGGGAAGGAGGCCACAAAUUCAGGGCUGGUCCCCUCCUGCCUUGUUCUGGCAAUGUUCUACCGUGUGGUUGAGGAGAUUGUUAGGCCCUCCCCACAAGCUGCAUGUAAGGGUUGAAGAAGGAAAAUAACAGGUGGGAAAAUCCUAUCCCAUUCUUCCCUUUACAGGUCUUUUUCAAAAGUAAAGGUUUCUUACAGUGUUUUAAUGACUUCAUUGGUAGUCCUACUACUCAUGGACUUUCUGGCUCACUCCUCUCCAUCUGACCCCAGUAGUCUUGGCUCUCCUGUCUGCUUUCUGCAUUAAGAGUUGAACUUUGCUCCCAGAGCAACCAUAAGAAGAGUUGCGGGAACAUGUUGGGUUCUCACAGCUUAGCGGCCCACGCAUUCGUUUCUGCUGCUUGUCGCCUGUACGUGCUUCUCUGAACCCCGUGCAUCCCUCUGGCUGUUCGCUCAGGUUGUCAAAGCAUGUGGUCAAAUUGCUACAUAGAGGUUGUAAAAUAAAUAGACAUUGACCCUUUUUCAGCUAAAUUCAGUUAGUUCUCCCCUUUCCUCUGUGUUUCCCUCUCAUUUACUCGAUUUUUAGUAUUGGGGGACUACAUCUACUGUUUGGAAUAGUUCCUGGCACAUCGUAGGGGCUUAAUAAGUACUAGAUGAAUCAAGAAAUGAAAAUUGACAUUUACCUUGGGUGGUGGGGCAACAUCUUUCUACGUUCUUAAAGUAUUUGUCUUUCCAAAGUAGAAACAUUUCAGGUCAGGAGCUGUGGAAAUACCGAAUCUCCUGUUUAUAGUGUUGAGAAAUGACUUCGAAAUGUAGAGAAAUGAAAGGAAAGAAGUAGGGAUGGAUCCACAGGAACCGUCUGUUCCUUUUUUUUUUUUUUUUGUCUCUGAGUAUCUGAUUUUGGCUCUUUAAUGUAGUGGGUUCUUUCCAUCCAAUCAAGUGAGACGAUUUUAUAGCCUUGCUUAUAGAUUCCAAAGAACCUUCUUCACAUAAAGCAUCCCGUUUGAUCCUCAGAGUGCUGUGAGGUGGACCAUGCAAGUGUGACGUCUGCUCUUCAUAUGCAUUCGGAAGCAGUUCUUUGGUUUGCCUCCUCCUUUGGUGAGGAGUUGGGUCGUAUUGUUCCUGGGCCUGUGCUCUCUGCGGUGCACCAGGUAACCAGCAUCAUCACUUUUGAGGAAUUUCUUAGGUAUAUUAACCCUCAAGGGUAAGAUAUAAACCAAAAUGUGUCUAUAGUGCAAGAGAAUUGCAUUCAGGAGAGGUUUUCUUUUGUGUGUUUUCAUUUUGGCAUAGUUAGUUAGAGGAGAUAAUCGAAUGGAUUUGGCAGCUUUUACCUAGAAAGACAGGCAACUUAGAGGGUAUAGCUGUAGGUAAUUACUAGAGUUAUUUAGACUUAAUUCUAUGUUUCAUUUAACUCCGUGUUCACUGCCAACCCUUUUGUACAAAGCCUCCACAUUCAGUCCUUGCUUUUAGCCUUUGGUGGCCUGGGUUUCAGCUCUGGUUGGAUUUUCUUGCAUAUUUACAAAUACGCCACUGUUGCCAUUUCUGAUGAACAGUAACUUGGCUGCCUAUCGGAUUCUUGGAUCACAUCCUUUUUCCCUCGAUUCUGUGGAUGCAUCACUUUAUUGUCUUCUAGCGUCUGGUGGUCCUGAGAGGCCUGAGUCCAGACGGAUUGUUCUUCACCUUUUGUAGAUGACCUGCUUAUUUGGACUGAGUGCUUGAGGCUUCUUGUUUAUCCUUGAAAUUCAUGACUUCGUUCGAGUCUGUGUCAGAACUGACAGUUGUCUGUUGGCUUUUUCUGGUCCAUGAUGAGCGUUACACGUUGACAUCCGGGCCUUACUCCAUGCCUUCUUAGUUUGUUCUCUUCUUCAGUACUUUGUCCCUGUGUCGGUUCUGUGUCAGCUGGCCUUCGCAUUAUCUUCCCUUUGAUUACUUUCAUCCCCUUGUCUUUCUUGAUGCUGUGAAUUUUUUCCCUCAGGUCUGAUCCUCCUGUGUCACUAACUCAGUGUUGAUAGUAGGCCUAGAUGCUCACUGUGUGCGUUUCACUUCCGUUACAGUUUUAUUUUUGAUCUCUUUCUUUUCUUAGCUCUGCCAGCUUUUUUCUUUCAUUAUGUUGUCCUCUCUGACUUCUUGUUUCAUUUCUUGGAAGGCUGAACUGUGUUGUCUACAAUUUUUGUGGUUUCUGAAAUCAUUCUGUUUCCAGAGCGUACUUAGUUGUCUUAGGCUUCUUUCCUUCCUUUUCUCUGGGUUGUUUUGCUCUUUUAUUGUUGCACAAGUAUCAUGAUGGGUUUUUCUGCUUAUUAUUUGUCUUUGCAUGGGACCAGUUCUAGCUGCCCAAGAAGAGUGCGGAGAAAUCCUCCUCGACUCCUCUUUUCUCGAGUGGAAAGUGUUUGAAUGGUCACCUUAGCACUUAAACUGUAAAGCUAGAUACUGCUGGUUUGUAACGGUGGAGGUUGUUUUUGUGUUUCAGUCGGCUAGCCGGAUAUAGGGGAAUGAGGAGUGAAGCGAAGCUCCUUGGGACAUUUUGUCUUCCGAGUGCCUUCCGCAGGUGCUGCGGGAUCCUCUGCCCUGGGGUGGCCGGGUCUCACUGGGGGAAAGGGAUCCGCCUGAGCUUCCCCACUUCCACUAGGUGUCGCCAUAGCAGGAAUGUGGAGUCUUUGUACUUGCACUCCCUGCGGCAGUACAUGGGGUCAGCGUUUGUGUGUUUCUGGCACUGUUUCUCUCCUGAGCUCUCACCCUCCCCUCCCAGGUUUGGUUGUGAAAAUGUACCCGCACAGCUUGCACUGGGCUUCUCCGGACUGCCGCCGGUCCUUGUUUCUCCAGGUUAACAAAUGAUGGGUCCACUCCUUUGACAACCUCUCCCAGACUGCCCAGCAACUGUGGUCUGUUUGGCAAAUGCGAGAAUGCUCCUCUGAUUAGUCUCCCACUUCGUUCUAUCUGUCAGACACUCCCCCUGGAGUCCUUGGUAUGGGGUGGUGGCUUUUAUUAGUUUCAUAAUGGACAGCUUCUUUUUCAGUUUUUGGAUGUGUGUGUUGAAGGGCAGGAGCACUUAUAUAAACAUGCAUUUAUUCUGCCAUCUUUCCCCAUGGUCCAGGUGCAUAAACAUUGACUUUGAAGAUAAUGUCCUUCAUGGUCAUAAUCUGUAUGAAAGUAAACAGAAGAGACCAAUGUCGCUAGCAGGAAAGAACCAUUAAUAACUUAAUCAAUACAGGAUUUUUGUUUGUUGUUCUGUGUGGAAAGAUAACUUUUAACUCAGGUUCCUGUUCCAUUGAUUAGAGGUAGCAGUACCUUCUGGUUUGAAAAUAGAGGACAUUGUAAUGAACUUAAGAAGUUAUCAACCACCGACAAGUAUUAAUUAGUUAAUUAAAUAUGAUAGAGUAUUUCAAAUUAGCACAUAAUCAGAGUUAUUAACAGAAGUAGAAGCUAUUUUCAAUUAACAGGUUGCUAGUCCAGCUGUCUUACUGAGGGCAUUGACCCUGGUGAGAGCUUGAUUGUGAUGCAGGUUUUCUUUCCUGUCUUUUCAUUUCAGUCCAUUUUAAAAUUUGGUUCAUUGAGAGAGAGGAGUGCAGUCCUCAUCAGGAUUAUUUUUGUUAUUCAUGAAUAUGCUGAGAUGGUGCGUAGGUCUGGGGCCUACUCUAGAGGCACACGAGUUAAUGUUUCCAGAGUGCAUUUACAGGUGGACGACAGGGUGGGGGGUUAUUGGGCCGUUUGUUAGGGCUGAAGUGUCCUUUCCUCGGUGGCCAGCAUAUUCCACCAGGCAGACUUUCCUCACCUUCGGAGCCCAGCCUAAUGAUCAAGGAGCAUGAGUGACAGCCUUGCUCUAGGUACCAAACUGCACCAUUCAGUGCCUUCCCCGAAAGUCAGGGUGUUUGCCCUGUUUCUGUCCUGGUGCGGAAUGGAGAACUGAAUGUGCGCCGACGUGUCAGGGACAAAUGAAAUGAAAGUGGUAGACGGAGGAGUCGUGGAAAGGAAAGCUGUGUUCAUUCCUCCAUUUAAAUAAUGAGUGUCUGUGGUGCACUAGCAACUGUGCGAAGUGCUGGGCACGUGGCAGGGAUCAAGCGAACGGAAAUCCCUGCCUCACGCCCUGUUCUUGUACGGGAAACUGACAAGAGACACAAAACGAGGAACGUUUCCGGUACAGUGGAGAGAAAAAUAAAGUGGAGCAGAUCAGUACAGUGGAGAAAAAUAAAGCCAGGAAGGGAAUGUAUGGGGCUAGUUAGGGGGCCCCAAGCCCUGUAAAUGUUGUUUUCGUCAUGGACAGAUGUGUUCCUUAGAUGAGGAAGUGUUCGUGAUUCCGGAGUUCUUUUCACUUGUGCAUGUGUUCCUGGGCAUUGGGAGAGUCCAUCUUGUGUGCCUGGCUCUGUAUGCGGCUCUUCCGGGGACCCUGCCGAGGGCCGAGCAUGUCUCUAGGGGUAGCCGGAGCCCUGGAGCCUGUUGCUUCUCCCCACGGGCCGGCGGGAGUGGGGGGACCCUGAUCAGGUGAGAGGAGCCAGCUUUUACUGUCCACGUUCAUUGAAUGGUGUGCACUGAUGUUUCCUCAUAACCAAAAUGUAAUGACAGCAGGUUCCACGUGUCUUUUUAGGACCUCAGAAAUCAUUAUUUAAAUACACUUACAACAGGGGGAUGCUGCUGCUGGAGUUAAAAUAGCAGCCUGUCGAGAGGAGAGACCCUCUGUACCACUUCCACACUGGUUUUCGAGGAGGAGGAAGGGGUUGCCCGAGAAGGCUUCCCUCUCAAGUCCUUGGGUUGGCAUUAGCUGUGGUCACCCCUAAAAAUGAAGAAAAUAAAAUGGCAGCAGUAUCGUGGUCACAGAUGCCUUGAGAAACCUAUUUUUCCGCCUUCUUGUCAGGCUCUACAGCAGGGACCUGAAUUGCCCCUGAUCCUGGCGAUGGGGUCAGGGUGGCGUCCGUGUGGCCGGGACAAGGGCUGCUCUUUGUGUCGUGACACAGUGGCCCUCUGCAGUAAGCAAGAGCCCACCCCAUCAUGCACAUGGGUAUCCUCACAGCACUUCUUAAGCCCGAAGCCCCGUGCCGCGGGGUGAUUCCCUGGCUCUGCACCCUCUUCCCUCCAGCGCUGUCACCUCUACAGGGCAGUCCGCCUCCCACCUCCCGGCUGCAAGCGACUUCAGCUGUUGGGAGCACCAGAGCUUGAUGCCUGGGGUCCCGUGGCCCAGUUUAGACUCUUAGACAUAUUUUUUGUGGGGUGUUGGGAAAUGUUAGAGAACUACGGAGUAGAUUGGUGGUGAUACUGGGUCCAGGAAGCUCACAGUGAAAAGAGUGAACUUAACCUGCAAAAUAUUUCUCUGUUCUAUAAAUCUCUCAGUGACAUUUGGAUUAAUCAAGCAUAAUUAAAUGUAGUUAGAUUUUUGUCAGAUUGUAGUUCAAAAUAAUACUCAUCUAUGGAGAGGGUAAUAUAUUCUGUAAAAAUUUUAUUAAGCACUUUAGUUAAGCAAACACUAAGGAGAACAAAAUCAGCCUCAGGAAGGUUAAUUACUAAAAAAACAAAGUAUAGUAGAUUAUGUAAAUCAUUUUAAUUUUAAAUACCAUGGCUUGAGCUUUAAUUUACAUGGAGAGGUAUUUUGAAUUUUUCAUAUUUUUCAAAAGUACAGAAUUGCAAUUGCAUUCUUUAGAAGUUCUAAUCACUUUAGGUUUCCUUUAAGUUUGCUUAACUUUUUCGUGUUACAGUUUCCAAAAGGGAAGAAUUAGAACCACAUUCUUUAAAAUGCAGUUAAUGAUUUCAGUAUUCCACUAAGUUUGUUUCAGCUGUAAGAACUGUAUUUUUAUUUCUGUACCUUUAAAGAAGUGAUCUUUUGAAGGGAAGUCUGAGGAGAGAGAAUGGUUGUGAAAGCGUCCUGCUGUGCCUGGCCUUUCAAUAAAUGAAAUUUUUUUAAAAAAGGUAAAACAUAAAGAGCUUAGACUAUUAAGAUAAAUAUUUUUAUUUUAAUAAUUUCUUUAAAGGGAGAAGUAGAGAAACCAAAAUGAUUUUAAAUGUUAUAUUUUUUUGUACUCUGAGAAUUACAUUUUCACUAUGCUUGCAUGUCUCAGGGAAUAGCCUUUGAUAAGAAUCCCCAUGCAAAUCUCUGAAACUGUAUCACAGUGUAUUCUGACUUCAUAGUUCUUGUCUAAAUUUCUAGAAAUAGAGUUUCAAAAGUAUUGUCAUCUCAGGAACACGAGAUUACCCAAGAAACUUGAACUUCACCCUUAUCACCACUCAGAUUCUGUGUGCUUUAGGCCUUUUCAGAGUAAGUGACGCCUAAAUGUCCUUUGUUUAGUAGGUAUACAGAGGCGUCCCUCAUACUUAUCUGAGAUGUUCAUAGAGAGAAAAAUCCUGCAAUUUGAUUUUGUUUGCUAAGUUCGCUUCUUGGCUUUCCAGUUUUCUACUGGAUUCUGUUUACUAUUGGAAUUGAAUCCUUUGGGGAUCAUAAGCUUUUAUUUAAAAGAACAUUCCACUAAAUUCUUCUAACUUUUGCCAGCCUAAAAGUGGCCUGCUAAUGUGAAUUCUGUACAUAACUUUUCCGAAUGGGCCAGAAUAGAACAAAUGUCAAAGAGUAUAUAUACUGUAAGCAGUGUGUUGCCCCACGGUUAGCAAAGUAUUAAGAAAUGUCCAGCUCCGGCGCUUGGGGCUGUUUUCCCAGCUCUUCAGUUCCUCUUUGCCUUCCAAUCUGGUCAAAAAUGGCAAGCUAAGAAUGGAAUGCAUAUUACUGACAGAACUACUUAAUGUUAUAAGAUAUUCUUACCUUGAGAUUCUUUUGGAGAGAAAGGAAAAAGAAUCCUAACGUUCAAUUCUGACUCUGUUUUGGCUCUUCAUAUAUGCCAGACAUUAAAAAGACAAUUACGAACGUUCAACCUGAUUGGAAGUCAAAGGCAUUCACCAUUUAGCCAUGGUAACGUAGUGUCACCAGAAGAGUUUGCGAAAACAGGUAGGAUGAGUAUAAGAUUUCAUACUGUUGUUUGUAAUACAUCCUGGUACCCCCUUUCUUCUAAAUUCCAUUUUAUUUUUGUCCUUUGAACUGUUAAAACCAUGGGAAACCUCAAUGAGUAUUUUAAAAGGCACUCUAUUUAUAUGAAGAACUGGCGUAUGCCUUUAUCUCAAAAACUGCUGAGGUUACUCUCCGAUGUGUUUAAUUAGAACAAAUGCUUUACAAUAAUUACAGCUAAAGCCUGUGACUGUGGGGAUCUGAAAGCUCUGGAGACAGCUUGCCACUGAAGAGGGCUAAGGCUGAACCGCGGGCCCCAGCGCCUCGCUUGCCGAGCACUGUCAGGAGGCAGAGUUGGCCUGGCUGGCUGGCGUAGCCGGGGUAAAAUGGAAAAUGGAAGGGGUGGGCCAAGAUCGAUUCUCAGCUCCCUCUUACCUAGCCGCCCCUAGAACUCUUCCUGCGGAGAGCAUCGCCUAAAGUCCUUUGGUAUCUUGCCUUUCACUUUUAAAAGUUCCUCUUAGUACUACCAUGUAAAUCUGACCAAGUAAUUGUGCAUAUGCUUAAAAUGAUUCCUUAGAGUAAACCAAACUAAAUGUAUCUUGACUCUGAGUAGACAGCCAAGGCAAGGUCGACCUAGAAAAUAGAAAGUGCUGAGUAUUUAAAAAAUUGAAAUUGACUUCAGGGUUGGAGGAGUCGAGUUCCAGUGCCCCCUCCUCUGCUUCCACGAUGCUCCUUGUUAGAGCGGUCACUCUCUUACGCUGCCCUGCACUAGAACCCAGUGCUGCCCUCGCAUCCAAAACCAGGCUUGCACUUGAGCCCGUUCCGGGCAACACGACCCACAUUUUAGCAGAAUGCAGCAUACUGAGCGUUCUGGCUAACGCUCAUCCCUGCUGGCUUCCUUGGUGGUCAGGUCAUUUGAGGUUGUAACGGCCGCUUCCGGUAUAUGUACCCACCGCACCAUCUGUUGCUCUAAGUUUUCAUCCUCACAAAAGUUCACAAGCGCUUGCAACUUAAAUAUUUUCCAGAUUUAGAACCCAAGUUGUGAAUACUUAAGAAACGCUUGAACCAAAUAUGAGAAGUCAUUGCAGGGUCAAAUAUACCAUCGUGAACAUACCUAAUGCUGCAUUUAAAUGUAAAAUUACUUGCUCAGCCAGUGUUUCGUCAUAACUCUUUGACGCACAAAAGCAGUGUCUACACUGGGAACCAUAGCUCAUACGACAGGAGAAGACUAUUAAAUGAAAUAAAAGUUCAUUACAAUUUUUGUACCUGUAAGUCCAGAUCUGACCUGGUUCACUUUGUGCAUCUGUCACCUUAGUUACGGUGGUAAGUGUACGCAUGUGGCCAGUGUUCACGAGCUGCCUUGUGAUUCAGAGAGUGAAGUCCAGCCCCUCGUGUUCUGUGCUGUUCUGUGGCCUGGCUGGUACGCCCUGUCAUGAGUGAGGGGUGACUUUGGUUUGAGGUAAUUUGCAGCCUCAUGUUCUGUGGAGAAACGUUGUUCUGUUGUUGUGAUUGUUGGAAAACCACAACCAGAGACGUGCGUGGCUCGGGUAAUGUUCCCAUGAGUCGCAGAGCCAUCUGCGGUGCGUGUCAUAGCCACCCUAGUCCUGGAGCACGUGGACAAUUCUGUACCAACGCCAUCGGACAAUAAAACGGUAGCUGUGA